UCUCAAUGUUUUUGGCAUCUUCAACCCCAUAAUUAAAUCUCUACCAGCAUUUUUUUCGCUCAUGCAAGAGCUUACAGUGCUUGUCUUAAGGGGCUGUGAGUUUCUUGAGAAUAUUGAUCAGAUACAAUGGCUCAAAUCGUUAGUUAUUCUUGAGAUAUCUGGUGCUACAUCAUUGAUGACAAUUCCAGAUGAUUUAUUGCAGCAAUUGCUUCAUCUCCAAAGUCUCAACUUCUCUGAAGUACAGGUUGAAAUGUUGCCUAGUUCUAUUUCCAACUUAACUGAAUUACGCUGGCUUAUCUUGAGAGGGUGUCGCCACCUGAAAAUGCUUCCACGACUAAGUGCCUUGCAAAAGCUUGAGGUCAUUGAUCUUUUUGGUGCUUCAUGUUUUCAAAGAUUCUACGAAAGUUCCUUUUUGCAAUUUACAAAGCUCAGGAUCCUUGAUGUUUCCCACUCGCAGAUUGAUCGCCUACCACUUCUAUACGGUUGUGAAGAGCUAACACAGCUUGUAUUGAGAAAUUGUAGAUUCUUGACAAGACUUCCAAGGCUAAAAACGCUCUCUAAUCUCCAAGUUCUUGAUCUUUCUGGUGCUAUCUGUUUAAAGGAGAUCUAUGAUGACAUUUUCAAAACUGCACAAAACCUUAAAGUUCUUGAUUUCUCUGAAAUUGGCUUGCAUGCCUUACCUUCCAUCACUUGCAAUCUUUCUCAUAUUUUGCUAAGAAAUUGUACAGCACUGACGAAGCUGCCAAGUACAAAAACUUGUAAGGACCUUGAAUUACUUGAUCUCUCUGGUUCCUCUAAUCUAGUUAAAAUUGAAGACCAAUCCUUUAAACAUUUGUGGUGCCUUCGUUGCCUAAACCUCUCAAAUACCAAACUCCGGUCUUUACCAUCGCUAGCGCAUCUUCUUAACCUUCGUUUUGUCAUUUUAAGGGAUUGUGAAUUCUUAAAGCGUCUUCCAGAAAUGAAAGGACUUGCAGGGCUUGAGGUACUUGACCUCACUAAUGCACGUUCUCUGACAGGUUUUGAUUACAGCCAGUUCCCAAAUAUGCGCCAGCUUAUCCUAUGUGGUUGUUCCUCCCUUAGCCGGUUGCCAGCUGUCCCCAAAAAUCUUGAAGUGAUUGAUCUUUCAGGUUGCACUAAUUUGUCAUUAGAUAGUGAGGAUUCCCAUCCUCUGUUGGGUUUGUCUCGACUUCGGAUACUCAGACUUUCUGGAAUUUGGACUUUUUAUUUUCCCAUCUUGGAGUCUCUAUCAAAUCUUGAGGAGCUCAAUACUUCUAAUUUAAGAUAUCUACCUAGAAAUGAUUCUUUUCCGCGUCAUUUACUUAGUGCUAUGAGGAACCUUCGGAUUCUCAACCUGUCCAAAACUCCCAUUUACGUAGAUGUUUUCUUCCUAAGUAACUUAACCCAGUUGUCACUGAGAGGGUGGACAGGGAUGGAAGAUGCAUCAGGCUUGGAAAAGCUUACAAGGCUUGAAGUUCUUGAUCUUUCUGAAACAGCAGUCACAUGCCUUCCUUCCCUCAAGUUCUUAUGCAACCUCCGCCAGCUCUUGCUAAGAGAUUGUUGGGGCCUGAAGAAGCUGCAGCAUUUGGAAUCACUUAGCCACUUGGAGGUUCUUGAUCUUUGGGGUACUGGGAUAAAAGAAUUUCCCUAUGAGAUCUCAGAGUUGCCUCGCCUUAAAAACCUCCAUCUCCCCCUCCUGAAGGAUACUGAAGAACUUGAUUGGAGGCGGAUAAAGUGCCUUCCAGAGGAACUAAAUUGGGUUGAUUGUGGCAUCUUUGGGACAGGGAAAAGAUUUCCAUCGAGUGUAAAUAAUCUCCACAUAAUGGUCAGUGGCAGCAAGUUUUUCGAAUUUUUUGAUGAAAUGAAUCCUGUGUUAUGGGAUACAUACUUCAAGCAAUUUUAUUUUUCUGUUUUACCUCCGAGAAAGCAAGGUGACGAUGGAGAUUUCUUUAGCCACAGAGAUGAAGCCAAAUUUAGAGAUAUUUACUCAAGGACCAGAUGUUUUCCUAGGUACUUGGAAAUCCACAGGCAAUCUCUGGAAAUUCGGUCUUGCAGUCCCUUCCUUGGUCUGCAGGGUGUUCUCAAGCGUGCUCGAUAUAUAUGUUUACGAGAUAAUGCAAAUAUCAGUUGCUUAUAUGAAUUGGGUGCAAACAAUAUCAGGGCAAUGAGAGGCUGUUGGAUAGAGAGAUGCACUAACAUGGAGAGUGUUUUCAGUAGAGAAGAGGAAGCUGUUGGAGCAUCAGACAAACUUGAGACUCUGCAGAUUCUUAACCUCCCUAAUCUGAAGAGUAUAUGCGACAAGACUUUGCAAGUUGAGAGAUUCAGCAGUCUUAAGCAUCUGUAUCUAGACUGUUGUCCACUACUUGAAAUUGUUUUCUCCUCGUCCCAUCAACCAAUGAAUCUUGAGACUCUUCAGAUUAGGUUCUGUGAUAAUCUCAAAUGCGUAUUUGAGUCUGAUGGAACAACGGUGUGUUCGAUGAAACAUCUAAGGACUCUGCAUUUGUUUGAACUGCCAGAGUUGAAAAGCAUUGGAGCUGCCUUGCCUUCUCUUGAAAGAUUUACAGGGGGAGAAUGCCCAAAACUUGAUGAGUUUUUUACAUGCUUCUUUCUUUUUGUUGGGGCAAUACAAAACUGGACUAUGACCACGAGUUCUGGAGUUGAGGAACAAUGUGAUGACAGUAAUGCCUGUCUUGGGUUGCCGAAGUUUCCUCCCCGAAGAAAACACAUGGGCUCUCAGAAGUGAAGAAAUGAAAUUACACAUGAACGAAGACUUUCAGAACUUUUGACAAGUAACUCCAGCUACUCUCUAUGCUUUGAAU